UGAUGACGCUCCCUGUGAUGAACACUCCACAAACUGCAAAUCAGGCGAUGGAGCUUUCAGCUGUAUUUGUAACAAAGGCUACAUGCAAACAGACUACAGUAAUAGAAUGUGCAUUGCUUGUCCCUUUGGGAAAGAAUUGAAGGAUAAUGAGUGCGUGACAUGCUCGUUUGGUUAUUCUGGUUUUAACUGCUCAGAAAACUGGCAGCUCAUUCUGGUAAUUGUGGGCUCUGUGCUUGGAGGACUGCUGCUCAUAGCCAUCAUCCUUCUACCAGUAGUAGCUACCCAAAAAUUGAACAUAAGCUUCAAGAAGAACAAAAGUGCAGAAAUGGAAAAACCCUACACUAACCCGAGUUCUGCCGCACAACCGAUGGCUAGCAACAAGUUUGGCCACAGCCAGGGAGUCUCAUUUAACAGGUCAGCCAAUGGCCAUUCAGGUUUUCAGAAUGGUGGGGUGCCUGUGUUCCCACGAGCUGCCACCACCACCAACAGCUGGGACAACAGGACCAACCUGGAGAUGAAACCAAGCAAUGGCCGACAAAACUUUGGACAUAUGAACAGUGGUUCGCGGUUAUAUGAUGAAUCAUACGAUCAGGCUCAAUCUCAGAACAACUCUUAUGCCCAGAAUCAACCUACAAUGAACCCGUAUACUCAGAACCAAGGCCACAGCAACCCGUACUACACACACGAUGAUGGAAGACGCUACUAGUAGUACAAAAUCAGAAAGGCUCACUAUACAAUGAUAGGUUUAUGUUUUUAAAUGUAUUUUAUAAUUACUGUAUGUAAUGAACCUUAUUGAAUCCUAUGUAUCUGACUACAGUACAAACAGUCAUAAACCAGUCAUGUCUGAUCGUGACUACUUUAUAUCAAGUUGGUGGCAUGAUUUUGAGGAUUAGUCUCUUUUUUUUUUUUUAUCUGUUUUGGUUCAUUGAAGUAUGAAUUACUGAAGAGUUGUCUAUUCAAACUGAAUGAGAAACCUGGACGUCCAUGUCCAAAUAUAAUGCGAUAAUGAGGAGCUGCUUAAUAUUGUUGUGUUAUCCGAUUAAUGCUUCCUUCAUGUAUGAAUUCAGCAUUUCUUUUUUUCAUGUAAAAAUUUUUUGUAAUGAACUGAAAUUUGAUGUUUAAUUCAGUUUUUGUGAAUGACAUGAGUUUCUUCUAAUAAAAUUCUAAGAACCUGU